AUAUAAACGCCCCUCACGCUCUCCACUCGCACUGUCAUUCUCUCUCUCUUGUCUCUGUGAGAUCGGAAAUUAAGAAAAGCGGUUGUGAUUUUUUGUGGUGUGAGUGAUAAAAAAGAUGGGUCAGAUCCAGUACUCUGAGAAAUACUUCGAUGACACUUACGAGUACAGGCAUGUGGUUCUUCCUCCAGAAGUCUCCAAGCUACUUCCAAAGAAUCGGCUUCUUUCUGAGAAUGAAUGGCGUGCUAUUGGGGUUCAGCAGAGCCGUGGUUGGGUCCACUAUGCAAUUCAUCGCCCUGAGCCACACAUCAUGCUAUUCAGGAGGCCUUUGAACUAUCAGCAACAGCAAGAGAAUCAGGCUGUGCUUGCAAAGUGAUUGUUGUGAUGAUGCAAACCAUGUAAUCUCUAUAACUGAAAUGCUAGAUAAGGAGGGGUUAUUAUAUGUUUAAAAAGUAAUUUGGAUGAUGUUUAUGUCCUGGAACACAUGUUGUGUAAUUCUCUCCUUUGGAGAAUUCUUUAGUGACUUUCAAGUAAC